GAAUUUAGAAAACGAUGUAAAAGCGAAACUGAAAAAGAUUACGUCAAGAAAUUAACUAGCGAAUUUUGCAUAAGUUCUUCGCUGGAUCAUGUUAACAUCGUUCGUACUGUGGACUUGGUGCAAGAUGAAAAUCAUAAUUGGUGCGAGGUCAUGGAAUAUUGCGCUGGUGGGGAUUUAUAUUCUGCUAUUAAGGCUGGCUAUAUGACGUCAGUGGAGAUCAAUUGCUGUUUUAAGCAGCUCAUCUCAGGUGUUGCUUAUAUACAUUCAAUGGGAGUUGCGCACAGAGACAUAAAACCCGAAAAUCUUCUCCUGGAUGAUAAUGGUCAUUUGAAAAUCACCGAUUUCGGUGUGUCAGACGUCUUCCGUACAUGUUGGGAAGAAUGUGCUCAUCUCUCCAAAGGCCUCUGUGGUAGUGAACCCUACAUUGCUCCUGAACAGUUUCAAACAAGCGAAUAUGAUGCCCGUCUUGUAGAUGUCUGGGCGUGUGGAAUAGUAUAUUACUGUAUGAUAUAUCAAGGCAUUCCAUUCCGAAUGGCAUGUCCACCGGAUCCACAUUAUGCUGCAUAUUUGGAGGCGAGGAAAACAAAUAGCUAUGAACAAAUUGAGCGUUUGCCAAGGGGAUGUAGAGACCUAUUGUAUCAGAUACUAGAACCAGAUACAACAAAGAGACUUACGAUAGACGAGAUUUGUAUGGAUUUAUGGUUUCAGGAGAUUGAAGUAUGUACUAAUCCACCAUGUAUGUUAUUACAUGAGCAUCAGCAUGUUUGUUUGAAGGAGAAUGGGAACGGUAAACUAUAG